GUAAUAUUUAAAUCUACCAUCAAAAGUGUAUUCGAUAUUGUAUUUACUACGAGUAUAAUUUCAUAAUUCAUGUGUUUUCCGCUGGUGUGAUUCUUCGCGAGCAGCAAUAUAAUGUCAUUCAGGAUUAUUUGAUCACAAGGUAUCGAAGUAAUCAUGGAUUUCGGAAACCCUCCUCCCAACAUGUCCAUGCCUCCACCCGGCAUGGGCGGGCCUAUGAUGGGGCCGCCAGGUAUGGGCCCGCGCAACAACAUCAGGCAUAACUUUAGGCCGUAUAAUUAUCAAUUGCGUUUUCCACCCCAAGGUCCUAUGAACAUGACACAGGAUGAUUUCGAUGGUAAACGUUUACGUAAAUCUGUCAUGCGUAAAACUGUAGACUAUAAUUCGUCUAUUAUAAAAGCGUUAGAAUCUCGGGUUUGGCAGCGGGACUGGAGGGACCGCCACGCGUUGCAGCCGGACGCCAUGUACACGCCUGACCUGCUCCCUCCGCCGUCGUAUCCCGACAAUCCUAUAAAUGCUGUUACCACUCGUUUCGUCAAAACUGCAACAAACAAAAUGAGAUGUCCCAUAUUUGCCGUGGCGUGGACGCCAGAAGGACGUAGAUUAGUGACAGGAGCAUCCUCAGGUGAAUUCACACUAUGGAAUGGUCUGACUUUUAACUUUGAAACUAUACUCCAAGCUCACGAUUCACCCGUGCGGUCUAUGGUGUGGUCCCACGGUGAAGGGUGGAUGGUAACCGGAGACCAUUCCGGAUUUAUCAAGUAUUGGCAAAGUAAUAUGAAUAAUGUUAAAAUGUACCAGGCUCAUAAGGAGGCAGUGAGAGGUAUAAGUUUUAGUCCCAGUGAUUCCAAAAUAGUUACGUGCUCAGAUGAUGGCACUUUGAGGAUAUUUGAUUUCUAUAGAUGUCAAGAGGAAAGAAUUCUAAGAGGUCAUGGAGCAGAUGUAAAAUGUGUUCAAUGGCAUCCCUCUAAAGCAUUAAUUGUGUCAGGAAGUAAAGAUAAUCAGCAGCCCAUAAAGCUGUGGGAUCCAAAAUCAGGAACAGCAUUAUCUACCCUUCAUGCUCACAAGUCUACUGUUAUGGAUCUCAAGUGGAAUGAAAAUGGCAACUGGCUUAUUACGGCUUCCCGUGAUCAUUUACUAAAGUUAUUUGACAUCCGUAAACUGGGCACAGAACUACAAAUAUUUAGAGGACACAAAAAGGAGGCAUCCAGUGUGGUGUGGCAUCCCACACAUGAAGGUUUAUUCUGUUCUGGUGGUUCAGAUGGAGCCAUUUUAUUCUGGAAUGUUGGUACCGACAAAGAAGUUGGUUGUAUAGAAGGUGCUCAUGAAUCAAUAGUUUGGACCAUGGCCUGGCAUCCACUAGGUCACAUACUGUGUUCUGGCUCGAAUGACCAUACAUGUAAGUUUUGGACACGGAACCGUCCAGGUGAUCUGAUGAGAGACAAAUACAAUUUGAAUACUCUACCUCCUGGUGUACAAGAUGAGAAUGAAAUUGAAGAAACUUCUACUAUUCCUGGAAUGGGACCCGAAGACAAAGUUGAAAUAUUCUCCUCUGAUACAGCUGAUAAGGUCAUUCCUGGUUUAGAUUUAGACACAACAUUCGUUCCUAUGGAGUUUGAGAAAAAAGUAAAGAAAGUGCCUUACAGCAAACCUAUACCAAGAAACUUCCAGGCACAGUGGAAUCAUGGUCUGGUGGUUGAUGAUGCUACAACUGAGGCCCUCACCCAAGCUCUCGUAGAGUCAGUACCGGGAGCAGUACCAUUGCAACAGAUAACUCCAAAUGCAAUAUUUAUCUACGGAAAACUAAUACCAGUGGAACCAGGAUCCAGACUUGAAAAAGCCAUUAUGGAAGGGCAGAUAGCAUUAAAAAGAUAUAUCGCUACAGGUGAAAUAGAACAGCUCGAUGAUAUGAUGGCUCAUUUGGAGGAAGAUGCUGACGAUGAAAACUUUCCACCCUUUGAGUAUCCCACCCCAGAAAAUGAUAGAGAUGGUGAAAAUGAAGACAGUGAAAAUAAUGAGAAAGAAGAUUUUGAUAAAGAGGAGUAUUAUAAUGAUCCGAGGGAGUCAAAUGAUCAAAACAGUCAGGACAAUAGCUUUAAUAAUUAUGAAAAUGGAACAGACAUAAGGCCUCCGAUGGGGAAUAUGCCUCCAAUGGGUAUGAUGAGACCUCCAAUGAAUAUGGGGCCUAUGAGACCUAUGAUGGGUCCUAUGGGUAUGCGCAUGCCCCCACCCCACAUGCCCGGAAUGCCACCAAUGGGACACAUGGGACCAAUGGGACCCAACAUGUCACCUAUGGGUAAUAUGCCACCAAUACGAAAUAUGCCCCCAAUGGGUAACAUGCCACCAAUGGGUAAUAUGAAUUAUCAGGACAACGGUUUCAAUAAAUCUGGCUACGACUCCAGCUUUGAUGGUAACAACCAGUCCUAUAAUGAUGACAACGAUGAAUACAGUGAGGACAACUCAUUUGACAACAGUUUCGAUGAGGAGAACAGUUUCAAUGAGCAAGACGAGGGUCAUGACUAUGGACAAAAUCAAAGAUGGGGUGGAAAUUUCAGAGGCAGAACCCCAAAUCGUGGCAGGGGCCAAGAUCGUGGUCGAGGUCAGGAUAGAGGGAGAGGUAGAGGAGCCAACGGAUUCGGCGGCCGCAAUCUCCGGAAAGGGCCACCAAGAGGAACCACGUGGAGUCGUCGAGGCGUCGGCGCUAAUAGACAAUUUAGAAGAGGAAACAUACAAAAUAACUAGUAUUCUCUUUUUAAAAUUGCCUAACUUUUUCUUGUUAUUGUAUGUUGUGGAUAGAAUGAGUGAGUUUCAAGCGUAAGGACAUUAAAGUGACGUAUCUUGAAGAGGUUGUAUAUAUUUACAGCUUGUAUUUUUAAUAAAAUAAGAUGAAUUUAAA